AUGGUGCAGCAAACACAUGUACGCUUGACCUCCAUUCGCCUAUUCCAUUUUCUAAGUCUUUAUCCUCCAGCUUUGGGACCUUUUGAUGGUAAAUGGGGUACAGUCUUCGACGACAUCGACUGCUUCAUCAUCACCCCCAACGCCGGGAUGAUUUGCAUGCCUCCUAUGGGAACCAAUCGCGAAGUCUAUAUGCGAGCCAACUAUCGGUAUGGUCACGAUGACCCAUUACAAUGGCCGCAAGCUUAUGUGGAACAAUUUCCGCAUCUCGCCUGCAUUCGUCGGAUCGAACCAGAGCCUAGUGACGUCUUUCACCCGCUUUACCGUAGUCUCACCAACUAUGACUUCGUCGAAUGUGAUCCAUCAGCAAUCGUGGAGGGAGUAGGUCGCCUGUGCAGGCCAACAUUUCUGAAGCUGCAGAAAGCGUGUCGCAUCAUCAUAGAGUCCAUGGAUACUGUCAAAGCAAGUGAGAGUGUGAUACGCAGUAUGCGUGGACACUUGAGCAUGAUUGAGCAUCUUCUUGAGCGACUCCAUGCUCUCCCUACCUCGUUUUCGCGUGUCUGUCUGACGUUUGCAGAGACGCAGCGUGUUGCCCGGGAGUUACGAGCCUUCGUCGAGUAUAUGACCGUCUUCAAACCCCUUAUGGAUGCCCCAGAACGCGACGUGCCAUCUCUCCCUGUGGAUGAGGAUCUAAUGGGCACGUUCUGCAAUGAUGCAACUGUUGUUCAACGGUUUUUCAAAGCCGGCAUUCCUGUUUGGCGUAUCGUUCCCAUGAAGGAUCUUGGUGGUACUCGGAUCGAUGCACUGUUCCCGUUUGUAACGUCACCAAUCACAGAGGAGCCCUGUCGUCUAAGGCUUCCUUCCGUGUUUGUUGGCUCUUCGAGGGAUCCAAAGAAGUACCUCAAGAUACAAGAAUUUGUGAUGCACUCUCUACGAUGGAUAGAUCCUUUCGCCCUUGCAUCCCCAAUUAUACUCAGUCGCAACGAUAUUCCCUUGGCCAAGGCUACAUCGUCUUCGCGAUUUUCUCCUUAUAAUAAAAAAAACACUCGGCCUCAGCCUAAACGCCUAUUGGACCCCCAACACCCGCUCCUUCCUCCGUUAGUGGAACCAUGGCGUCUUGCGCUGCUAGCUGUCGAUGCGGAUCCUGCGCGCUGCCACUCUUGUGCUCGUCCGGCUCUCUCCAAUCCCUCGGCCAAUCCUCGGGAGAAUCAAUACGCCUUUCCCCGACCAGACAUCAUUGCGACCUUGAAUACUGAGGAGAAGGUGGACUCAUUUCUCGUCUCAUGGCUUCGUCUCCGCACACCAUUGUACGCUCGUCUCACUGUGACUGAGUGUGUUCCGCCAAACCUUUAUCAUCAGGAGUGGCGCACAGUCUUAGCAUUAGGGUUUCUUCAUAUGGCAAGCAAGCCAAGCGGACAGACAACCAAGGCUACAAAACGACGCCAAGAGGUUAGUAGAAUGAUGGAUGGCUACCUCGAUGAUUUUCCUCUACGCGCGGAUAAUGACGCCUCCACGGCCUUCUGGAAAGGAAAGGCAUAUGAGUCACUCACAGAUGAGGAACGUCGUGAAAUUUGUUGGGAGCUCGCCGAAGUCAAUUUUCGUUGCGAGUUCAGGGCACUGCAUCGUCGAGCGACUGCGAAUUCAGGGCGAAUCACAGAAGUAUUCGAACUAAGCCAGAGAGCUAUGAGAGCAUGGCAAGGGCAUCCAGCAUCCUUGGACGUUGUCAAGCCUUCCGGAUGGACAGAAGAGGAAUUCCUGGGCCUCGAAAAAUCGAUUGCUUCUUACUAUGCAGAUACCUUCUUCCUGUACUUCGGACGUGCACCUGUUCUUCCUCGCCAGUUGACACACAAGACUUCGGAUGUGUAUAUCCCUGAAUGUCGACCCCGAGUAGCAACGACACGGUCAGGUAUUUAUUUGGAUGCAGAGGAGUUACUGUGA